CUCAUUUAUCGAUAAUAGUGUCCCAAAUUUUGUUUUGGUGCUGCUUAUCAGUUAUCAUCGUAGAUUUUUGUUGUCUCUUCGUGCUCACUAGUCCGUUGAGAUGAGUUGUUUCUGAUUUGUGCGUGAAUAGAACAUUGAAUUCAACGGAUCAGCUCUCGUUAUUGCUUCUCUUUACAUCACUCUCCCAGCCAUGUCCCUGAAACCAAGAACAGUUGACUUUAAUCAGACAUGGGACACGCUGCAAGAAACUGUAAAAGGUGUUGUUACCUUGGGAAAUGUGCCCCGAGCAAUCUGGAACGAUCGAUUCAGUGAUGUAUACUCUUUAUGUGUAUCAUUCCCUGAACCAUUGGCUGAUCGCCUGUACAUUGAAACUAAAGCUUUCCUUGAGAGUCAUGUCAAAAGCCUUCUGGAUGUAGUAAAAUCGAAAGGAGAACCUAGUUUGCUGCAAGCAUAUCAUUCAUCUUGGGUAGAAUAUAGUCAAGGAAUCAUAUACCUUCACCGUCUUUACUUAUAUCUUAACACUCAGCACAUACGAGGUCAAAAACUCUCUGAAGCUGAAAUCAUUUAUGGCAAUGUUACACCAAAUGCUGAAGAACAGAUGGAAAUUGGAGAGCUUGGCCUAGAUGUGUGGAAGCGGAUGAUGAUUGAACCUCUUAGGGAGAACCUUGUAAGUCAUCUUCUGGAAGAAAUCCACAAAGAUAGAUUAGGCAACCCUUCACAUCACCUCAUUGAUGUUAUUCGUGGGGUAAUUAUGUCCUUUGUAAACGUUGAGGAGUACCGCAAAUCACAAAGUCCGGAGCUGUACCAACAAAUUUUUGAAGCUCCUUUUUUACAAGCAAGUGGGGAGUUUUACAAAAGAGAAGCUAGCAAACUAUUACAAGAGUGUGAUGUUUCCCAAUAUAUGGAGAAAGUAACUCAACGUUUAGAGGAAGAAAGACUGCGUAGUCAGAGAUUUGUUCACACAUCUACACAUCCUAAAGUCAAAGCAAAAUGUGAACAACAUAUGGUUGCUGAUCACCUUGCUCUUCUGCAAAGUGAAUGUCAUGCAAUGGUUGUGCAAGAGCGUGAGCGUGAUCUAGCUCUUCUUUAUCCUCUACUUCGCUCAGUCCAAGGAGGUAUUAAUGUGCUCAUCAGUGAAGUCAUGGAGCACAUAAAACUGAAAGGGACUGAAGCAAUUGCUGGUAUUCGUGGUGACAAUUAUCAUGUGCUUUUUAUUGAAAGUCUUCUUGCUGUACACAACAAAUAUCGAUCUUUAAUCCAGAAUGUGUUCAAUGGUGACUUGGCUUUUAUCGGAGCUUUGGAUAAAGCAUGCACUACUGUUGUUAACACGAGGCCUAAUCCUAAGAUGGCUUGUCGAUCACCAGAACUGCUGGCUAAGUAUUGUGAUUGUUUGCUGAAAAAGUCUUCCAAAGGCAUAUCAGAUACUGAAAUUGAUGAAAAGCUCUUUCAAUCUAUUACUAUUUUUAAGUACAUAGAUGACAAGGAUGCUUUUCAAAAGUUUUACUCUCGAAUGUUGGCAAAGAGACUUAUCCAUCAACAAAGUCAAAGUAUGGAUGCAGAGGAAGCCAUGAUUGACAGACUUAAGCAAGCAUGUGGUUAUGAAUUCACCAACAAGCUUCAUCGCAUGUUUACUGACAUAUCCUUGUCAGCUGAUUUAAAUCUCAAGUUCAAUGCUCAUCUCAAAACUGAUACUAUAGAUUUAGGAAUCAACUUUUCAAUUUAUGUACUACAGGCUGGAGCAUGGCCAUUAAAUCUAACAUCUUUAUCAACUUUUUCGGUGCCCCAGGAAUUGGAAAAGUCUGUCCAAACUUUUGAAAAUUUUUACCACAAAAAUUUUAAUGGGCGUAAACUGACAUGGUUCCAUCAUCUAUGUCAAGGUGAUCUGAAGCUGGGCUAUUUGAAGAAGCCUUAUAUCAUUACAAUGCAGACCUUCCAAAUGGCAAUCAUGCUUUUGUUUGAAGACACAGACACAAUGACAUGUAGUGAAGUUGAGCAAGCUCUUAAACUGAGUCAGGAUGUUAUUCUGAAACACAUUGCUAGUUUAAUUGAUUGCAAGCUUUUACUUUCUGAUAUUUCCUCUGAGAAUCUAACCCCAGAGAGUAUUUUGAAGUUAAAUAUGGACUAUAGUAACAAACGCACAAAAUUGAGAAUCACAGCAGCUAUGGUUAGAGACUCACCUCAGGAAGUUGAGCACACUAUGAAUGCCAUCAAUGAAGAUCGUAAGCUCUACCUCCAGGCUGCAAUUGUGAGAAUUAUGAAAUCUCGAAGAGUACUGAGGCACAAUGCCCUCAUUCAAGAGGUGCUAGGUCAAUCAAGAGUUACAUUUGCUCCUUCAAUCAGCAUGAUCAAGAAGUGUAUUGAAUCUCUUAUUGACAAGCAAUAUUUAGAAAGGACACCCAAUUCACCUGAUGAGUAUAUGUACAUUGCAUGAGGCAACUGAAAACAAAAAUCAAUAUUUAAUGUGUGGCUUUUAGAACAGGGUGGAUACCAAUGAGAGAGUUCAAGAUUAUGUGUGCUGUGCACAAUUCAACGACCAUAUACACACAAUUCUAAAAAUAAAUACUGUACUAAAAAUGUAAAUGACUGUAAUUGAUGAAGUUUUUAGAAGUUAUAUGUGUUUAAAAAGUGUGAUGAUUAACCAAGCUUGAACUGGAGUACUUUAUUUAUAUGAACAUUAUAAAUUAAUGAACAUUCUUUCAUAUUUCUUAAAUAUAAGUAGAUUCUGGGUCACCUUAAUUUUUAAUUAUGUCCUGGUUUCAUGAAUUUCCGUUUAAAAAAAAAUAUAAUGUUUUUUUUUUUUUGUUGUUUAGAUGUGCCAUGAACUUUAAUUUAUUUCAUGUUCAUAGUCCCAUGUCUUGAAAUUAGGCAUUCAAAGAAUGCUUUGAUUCUUUCCUUGAUCCAAUCAAAGAGAGACAAAUUUUCUUACAUUACUGAUCAAAUCACCCUGCAAUCCUGUAAUUAAGUGCUAGUAAUUAUAUGCUCAAGGCUGUGAAAGAGCAUGUGUUUUUAAAGCUUUUUUGGCAACUGUCAUUAUGAUUUCAGCUUCUCAAAGCCAAAAACUAACUAAAAGGAUUCUGUGAACUCUUGCCUAUUGAUUUUCCUGAGGCUUUUCUGACCUGAACUAGAAGUUGUAAUGUUGUUUUCGUUUUAUUGUAGCUAAACUUUAUGUAAGGAAGUCUGAGUUAUGUCAUUCUUAACUUUUCUUUAUCAUCUCAAAUACUGUGCAAUGUCCUUGGCUUUUUGAAAGUCUGUUUAGUACAACUUUGUAUUGCUAUAUUGUAAGAAGUAAUUGCCGGAUAAAGAUCUAUAUAUUUGUCGAAUUAAUUUUAUUGAUGUUUUUAAAGCCUGGAGGAAAUGAGAAUGACCCUUCAUACUCACAUGGUCUGUAACAAUUUUUUAUGCUAAUUUUUAUCCGGUGUUGUUUUUGUGAUGAGCAUGAUAGAAGUUCUUCAGAAAUUUUUCUGAGACAAUCUAUAAUAUGUUUGUUUGAAAAAAAGCAGAUAAAGUUGUGGUUAUCUCUA